CGGUAUCCCAGAAUCCUCUGCAGACAUCUUCAAGACCAGCUGUGAGCUGGAAAAGGAAAACGCUCAUUUCAUCGUGGUGGACAUGGUGCUGGAGGUGCUGGAGGGUGUAAAGUGGACUCUGAGCUGCGACCCACGGACCUCAACCCAACACACAGGCUACAAUAUGUGCACACACAGACACACAAACUCUGCAGAGGACUGUCUCACACGUGAACACAAACAGAGAUGUGAAACACACAGACUCACACAGAGCUGCAGCAGCAGACAGAGCAGACAUUCAGAGAAGAUGUCACACAGAAACACACACUCUUCUAAUGUGCACACAAACCGACACACUGAGGAUAAAGAGGAGGAGGAGGACACAGGCAACGAUGAGGCUGAGCAUCAACCUAAGACCUUGUCUGUCCUCUCCACCGACAGUGGAUUUGAAGACUGUGGAGUAGACACUACACUGACACCAAAAGAUUCUCUCAGAAACGCAGAGUGGCUGGCCCAGCAGCUGGUGCUGGAGUUCAGGAGGAGCUGGCUUCCUUCCCGUGAGCCUCGGCGUGGACGGCAGAGCCUCCGUAGCUCACUUCAGGAGCUGCCAGGUACUGGGAGAGUGGCGGUGAGUGGCGACAGCCUGACAGAGGAGAUCAGACUGAGGACCAGGAUGAGAGGAUCCCUGAACUGGGCUCCUCCUCGCUUCCAGAUCAUCUUCACAGUUCAGCCAACGCUCAGACGCAGUGAAGUCGUGGGCUUACAGCACUUCCUGUGUGCAGGCUGUGGGACCGAGGUGGAGCCCAGGUACAUCAAGAAACUGCGCUAUUGUGAAUACCUGGGCAGGUAUUUCUGUGACUGCUGCCACAGCGGCUCUGAGGCUGUGAUCCCUGGUCGAGUUCUGUCCUGCUGGGACUUUGGCAGGUAUCCUGUGAGUGAUUUCUCCAAACAGCUGCUGGACUCAGUUUGGCAUCAGCCUCUGUUUGACCUGACCUGUGUUGGUAAGACGCUGUGCAGCAGAGUGAAAGAGCUGGACAAGUUCAGGGAGCUGCAGGAGCAGCUGCUGGUCAUCAAGAAGCUGCUGAGAGCCUGCAGAUUAUCUGAGAGGGUGAUGAGUGAGUUUGAGCAACUUCCUGCUCACCUGAUCUCUGAGCAGCCACAUGUCUUCUCCAUGGACGACCUGCUGAGGGUGAAGAAGGGUCAGCUUGUGGCGCAGGCCAAGGCGCUGCAGCACUCUGCCAUCAGUCACAUUGAAAACUGUGAGCUUUGUCUGGCCCGAGGUUUUAUCUGCGAGUUCUGCAGAGAAAACGACAUCAUCUUUCCCUUUCAGAGAGACAUAUGUCGGCGGUGUCCGGUGUGCAAGGCCUGCUUUCACAAGCACUGCUUUGUGGAAAAGAAGUGUCCAAAAUGUGCACGGAUCCAGUCACGGAAAAAACACUCAGAUGGAUGUGUGACGUGCAACGACUGAACAGCUGCAGCUCAGUGUCUCGACGUUUAAUGUAUCCCAGUCAGUGGACUCAUUUUGAAUUUUCAUGAAACAAAAAUGAAAGCCCUUUAAAAAUGUUACAUUUAAUGUUAAUUCACAUGCAGAUAGUCAUAUGAGCAGAUGUAGAUGUUUACAGGUCUUUUAUUACAGAGCUAUGAAUAAUAAAUUUCACUUUAAUUGUAAUAAACUGCAAGCCCAAGCCCAA